AUGUCUACCAUCGCGAAGCCCCAUGCACCUGAGCCUCAAUCUUACUGCCUAGACGGCCGAGAGGUUGAUCUUCUGCAUUACAUCUACAUGCGUCCCGACAUAAAGGAAUUGCGUGGCAACCCACAAAAGGUCCUCGUUGCGAUCGAUGAAUACCACUCAAACCACAACAUGCUCAUCAACGUCGGCGCAGUCAAGGGGGCACAUAUCACCGGUCUUAUUGCCGAGCACAAGCCAUCGACCAUGAUUGAGCUUGGUGGUUACAUUGGCUACUCGGCCAUUCUCUUCGGUGACGCAAUCAGAGAAAAUGGCGGAAAGAAGUUCUACAGUCUAGAGAAAAACCCCGAGAUGGCAGCUGUCGCGAGUCAACUGGUUGAGCUAGCCGGUCUGCGUGAUUUUGUUCACAUCAUGAUCGGAUCUAGUGAUGAACUGUUGGUGGAGCUUGUUCGUGAGCGGAAGGAGAUUGAUCAGAUCGAGAUGCUGUUCUUGGAUCAUUGGCAAGAACUGUAUUUGCCUGACUUGUGGCUGCUAGAAGAACUAGGUGUUCUCGUUCAAAACAAGACUCUGCUUGUUGCGGAUAAUGUGAUUAUGCCUGGUGCUCCCCAAUACUUAGAAUGGGUGAAGGGUAGCCCGGCCCACAAGCGAGUGAUGGUUGAGAAGUUGAACUUGGGGCCUCUGAGGCCUAACCCGAACUUGAUCUAUGAGACCGAGGUGCCGGUGUUUGAAAGUGAUUGGGGAAAGGAUGGCCUGGCGAUUACCAAGGUAGUUGGAGAGGUAAAGGCUUGA